UGCGAGGAUUUCAGGGGAGUGUGUGGGGGAGCGGACGUGGUUGCGUGUUAAGUUAGGAAUAUUCACUAGCUGCAUCGCCUGAUUUUCUGUCAUAAUUUGAGGCUGCUCGCCGGCCGGCAAUGGUAGCCGGCGCUCGGUGACGCGGCAUGGACCAGAGCCAGGCGCCGUGCAUCGAGCUGUCCACGAACGCAGAGGAACGACAGCGCACCGAGUCGACCGCCUCGAACACGAGCGCCGCCUCUAACGAGCCGCUGCUGCCUGACGUCGCCUUCGGGCCGUCCUUCAUCAAGCUGGGCUCGCCGCGGCCGGGACGCGAAAACCAGCCGCUGCUCGGCGGCAUGGACUACGACUACACCUUCAAUCACUGGCCCGAUGACGGCGAGUUCACGGACCUGGUGCGCCAGGCCGAAAUGGCCGUCGAGAACGGCAUCUACCCGGAGCGCAUCUUCCAGGGCUCCAGUGGCAGCUACUUCGUGAAAAAUCCGGAAAACAAGACGAUUGCCGUGUUCAAGCCCAAGGACGAGGAGCCGUACGGCCGGCUGAACCCCAAGUGGACCAAGUGGAUGCACAAGCUGUGCUGUCCCUGCUGCUUCGGCCGCUCGUGCCUGGUGCCCAACCAGGGCUACCUCUCCGAAGCCGGCGCCAGCCUGGUCGACCAGAAGCUGGCGCUCAACGUCGUGCCGAAAACCAAGAUGGUGAAGCUGGCCAGCGACACGUUCAACUACACCAGGAUCGACAGGGAGAAGGCUCGGGUGAAGCAGCUGGUCUCCGAAAGGUUCCCCAAAGUGGGCAGGAAGUUCCACAGGCUGGGCCUCCCUCCCAAGGUGGGCUCGUUCCAGCUGUUCGUGGAGGGCUACAGGGACGCCGACUUCUGGCUGCGGCGGUUCGAGCAGGAGCCCCUCUCGGACGAGCUGCAGACCGAGUUCCAGCUGCAGUUCGAGCGACUGGUGACGCUCGACUACAUCAUCCGCAACACGGACCGCGGCAACGACAACUGGCUCAUCAAGUACAUCCGGCCGGAUGAGCAGCAGUCGGGAGACGGCGGCGGCCCCAGCCGGCCCGUCAUCCGCGUCGCCGCCAUCGACAACGGCCUGGCGUUCCCGUUCAAGCACCCGGACUCGUGGCGUGCCUACCCGUACCACUGGGCGUGGCUCUCCUGGGCCAAGCGGCCCUUCUCCACGCAGACGCGCGACCACGUGUUGCCGCUCAUCUCGGACAUGAACUUCGUGCAGGACCUGUGCGACCAGCUGUAUCGGCUGUUGAAGACGGACAAGGGGUUCGACAAGAACCUGUUCGAGCACCAGAUGUCGGUGAUGCGCGGCCAGAUGCUGAACCUGGCGCAGGCCCUGAAGGACGGCAAGAGUCCCGUCCAGCUGGUCCAGAUGCCGGUGGUGGUGGUGGAGAGGGCGAAGGGCGGUCACAGCGAGACCCGCUUCCGCUCCAUCAGCGACACAUUCACGCAGCGGUUCCAGCACAAGUCGCCCUUCUUCUCGUGGUGCUAGUCGGCCAGUGCGGCCCGCUGGGUCGGGCCCGGCCGUGCGCAGCGCUGGUUCUGGGGCGGCGCACGCUCGCCGGCACCGACAGAUUGUCGGCGGCC